AUGAAUAAGAAAGAUCGUAAAGUAGAGCCUGGUGAUGGUUUACGCUCUUUAAAAAGUACAAUGUUAUUUCGUGCAGUUAAUUAUGAAUUAUAUAUUAGACCGAAUAAAAUGGUAAUGAUGUUUGGAGCUAUCGCAAUAUUCAGUUGCGUAGGAUAUAUUAUUUAUAUGCGAUAUAAUUCUAAUAACGCGAAAUAUUAUUCUGCGAUUACAUCUGAUGGGUCAGUUGAGUUUAAAAAGAAAACAUCAAAAUGGACAGUGUAG